CACAUCACUCAUCACCACAGCUAGCCGCCACACCAUGACGUGCACCCUGGUUGCUUCUAAAUCUGACAAAUUCAUCCCUAAUUAAUUCAGUCUUCCUUCAUAUUGUCUUCUUGAAAGCUACAAUCUCUCUGCUAGCUACCUCUGCUUCAUCAUCAUUCAUAUCGAAUGUUCUGCACCAUGUUUGAUCGCAAGAUUCUUAUACGUGCCAAACUCUGUAUCAUGUUGUCUUUUAUCACUUUCUGUGCAAUGAUUUUUCUUCUCUGUGAAGAUAUAAGGAGCCCCCAUUAUUCCCUGAAUCAUGAAGCUCCUGAGAAGUUUCAGUUACAAUUGCAGAAACCCAGAAUUCAGAAAGCAAUAGAGUCAACGCUUUCCCACAUACCCGUUGAAGAUGAAGAAGAGGAAGUUGAUAGAGGAAACCAGAAGCCUCUAGUUCCUCCAUUGAAUGUCACAGAAAAAGAAAGGAUGGCUUGGUUCCGGAAAAGGUUUCACGACUUCAAGAUUUUCGAGUCAAACAAUUUGACCCGUCAGUUUCAUGCUAGAGUUGUACGACUCUUCCGCCAUGAAUGUGAAGCUCAGUUCUUCAUGACUUGGAUUUCCCCUGCGAGCCUGUUUGGAAACAGAGAACUGUUAUCCUUAGAAUCUCUGUUCAAGGCUCAUCCUCAGGCAUGCUUAGCAAUCCUAUCAAGAACUUUAGAUUCCAAACAAGGGUAUAAGAUUCUGAAGCCUCUUAUUGAUCGUGGAUUCAAAGUCCAGGCUGUGACACCAAAUCUGCCAUUUUUGUUUCGGAGAACUCCAGCAGAAAAAUGGCUUCAUGAUCUGAUAAAAGGGAAGAAGGACCCAGGUGAGAUUCCUCUGCCCCAGAAUCUAUCAAACUUAAUAAGACUUGUGGUUCUAUACAAAUACGGAGGCAUCUAUCUAGACACAGACUUCAUAAUCCUUAAACCCUUCAAAGGAUUAAGGAAUUGCAUAGGAGCACAAAGUACGAACUCUGUUUCUAAGCACUGGACUAGGCUGAACAACGCAGUUCUUGUGUUUGAUAAGAAUCACCCACUUUUGUUACGAUUCAUACAAGAAUUUGCGUUGAAUUUUAAUGGCAACAAGUGGGGAUAUAACGGUCCAUAUCUAGUGUCAAGAGUAGUUGAGAGGGUGAAAGCAGAAGGUGGUUUAAACUUGAGAGUGUUACCUCCAAUGGCGUUUUAUCCUGUGGAUUGGACCAGGGUAGGUGGGUGGUUUCAGAAGCCCAAGAACAGGGAUGAAGCAAGAUGGGUGAGAGCUAAAUUGAUUCAGCUUAGAGGACAAACUUAUGGUGUUCAUCUCUGGAACAAGUGGAGUGGCAAAUUGGCAAUUCAACAAGGAAGUGUUAUGGCAAAACUUAUGUCACACCAUUGUAUAUUUUGCAAUAAUGUCUAUAGUUCUUAAUUAGCUAUUAUUUUUUCCCCGUAAAUGAAGAGAUUUUAUCAGAGAAGGAAAAUAUUGUAUUACUUGUUUAUAUACACACGCAUAACUUGUGCAAUAA